CACAUCUGUUCUUGCAUCGUUGCAUGUGCUGCUGCUGCUGAGCUGCAACCGCCUAGUUCGUGUUCCUGUCUGACUGUCUGAAAUCGCUGUCACCUAACUUAAACUUCUGCAGUGAUAUUCAUCGUUGGAAGUUCUCCGAUAUUGCUGUUUCCUAUUUAAAUAAAGCCGAUUUUUCAUCAGUUAAUUAAUAAUAACCUACAUACAACUGUACUGUAAACACUGUUGCUGUAACAAGGGUCUCAUCUCUUAAUGAACCACUAGGUAUUAAGAAGAAGAAUUUGAUAUUCAGGAGCCAGAGCUGCAAUGGUCAUGGAGGUUUCUCCUAGUCCCCAGUGCGUGGGAAGAGAGUUUGUGCGUCAAUACUAUACCUUGCUGAAUAAGGCACCCACCCAUGUGCACAGGUUCUACAACAACAACUCUUCAUUUGUACAUGGGGGCUUGGAUGUGUUCAAUCGUGAAGGCAAGCCAGCUGUGGGACAGAAGCAGAUCCACCAAUGCAUCCAACAACUCAACUUCCGUGAUUGUCAUGCAAAGAUCACACAGGUUGACUCCCAGGCUACUCUGGGCAACGGUGUGGUGGUUCAGGUUACUGGAGAGCUGAGCAACGGAGGACAACCGAUGAGGCGUUUCACCCAAACCUUUGUUUUGGGAGCCCAGUCACCCAAACAGUAUUACGUUCACAACGAUAUUUUCCGCUAUCAAGAUUUGGUGUUUGGUGAUGAUGACCCGGAUCAGGAGUCCCACCAUUAUGAGCCUGAGGAUGAGGAACCUGAACACCCUCCACAGUCAGAGCACCCUCAAGUGCAGCAGCAGCAGCAGCAGGAGAGCACUUACUACCAGACGGCCCUGCCCCCGACCAUGCCUACUGUCAAUGGAACACCUCACGUGGAACAUGUGACUGAACCCACCCCUGUACAGCCUACUCCUGCCACUCCCUCUUACAAUGACAUAAUUCCCCACCACGUCCCGCAGCAGCCUCCACAGAUGCAGCCUCCUCCUCCACAGACAGUGCCUGUGUACGGAGCUGUCACUGUGUCUGAGCCUGAACAGCCUGAGUCAGCAGACAUAGAGAUAGAGGACAAGCAGCCUCAAGACCAGUACACCACUCCUCCUCCCUUGGACCAGGACAACAACAACCCCCCUCUCACUCAGGACAAUGUAUCAUCAAACGAGCCCAAGACCUAUGCCUCAACUCUGGUCAAGUCUGGAGGUGGUGUGGCUAACUUCAACACCAGUCCCAGCGCACCAUCCAAGUCUCCUCCCUCACCGCCACCUCCAAUGACAAGAUUGGAAAGCCGCAACAACGAGAUCAACAUGGGUGGGCCUCGUGGAGGUGUUGGAAUGCGUCCGUUGAGAGGAAGUGGACCAGUAGGGCGGGGGGGAAUGGGCCGAGGUAUGGAGAACAGACCCCCUCGUCAGAGUCUGUCUGAGGAUAGUCGAGAGUAUGGUGGAAGAGAAGAACCAGCCUCUGAUGGAGACAGACGGAGAUCUGUUAACUCCCAGACACAGUAUUCGGACGACCAUCAGCUGUUUCUUGGAAACUUGCCUCUCAAUGCCUCUGAGAACGACCUUAGGGAUUUAUUCAAAACUUACGGCCCCAUCGUGGAUCUUAGGAUAAUGAGCAAGUCCAACUUGAAGGGGCAAAAUGGGAACAAGGUCCCAAACUAUGGCUUUAUAAUCUUUGAGAGAGUUGAGACUGUGCAGGCUGUCCUUAAUGCAAGGCCUAUAUUUUUCCCUGGUGAAAACGCCGUCAAGCUGAAUGUUGAAGAGAAGAAGACCAAGCCUCGCUCUGACGGUGGUGGUGGUGGUGGUGGUGGCCGAGGAGGAGGCAUGAGAGGAGGGCUGAAUCGUGGAGGACAGAGGGGAGGCUUCAGCAGGGGAGGUACAGGCAUGCGGCCAGGAGCUGGCUUCACACAGCGUGGGGGACCUCGCUAACACACCAGUCACAGUGCACUUACAGAGUGUUUGAACCUCGCUAGAGUUACCUUUUUACUAAUGUCGAGCAGUAAGACACCGCGUUUUUAUCAUGUUUCUUUUUUUAUUUAAUAGUGAGUUGUGUUGAACUGUGAAUUGGAAGCAGUCAAAGUGAAACAUUGAGGCUUUAAUCUAGCAGACGUAUCUGUCGAUCCGGUCUUAAGGCUUCUCUGGUGAUCUCCGGUUUGUAUUGAGCUCAUUUCCAUUUGAGACUCUUUAUCUUGUUCUGUUUAUGUGCCAAAGAAGAAACCGCAAAAGGAAUCCCGGUCUCGCCGAUACGCCGAUUUUGUUAUUCGAAUUAUCGAAAAAAUCAGUUUAACACGUAAAGACGAUUAAUCAACUAUUGCAAACACUGUUAAGCGGACUUAUUUCAUCUGUGAUUGGUUUGUAUAUUUGUAAUUUAUGGUGCAGCCAAAAACAUCGUAAUGUGUAGUAUUUCAAAAGUCACCUCCUUUAUUAGUUAUCUCUUUUUUACUCUCUAUUUUCUAUAUCUAUCAGUUUAUAUUAUUGUUUUCAUCACUUUGUUUUUUCAGUUUUCCUGUUGUAUUUGUAUAACAAACGAUUACACAACAAUAAUUGAA